CCUUUCAAAAUCCUAUUAAUUUCCAUAAAAAAGUCUCUCUUUUCUCUCACACCUCAACAAAAGAGGUGUGGGUUGGGGUGGGAAGUGGUAACAAACAAAUCAAAGGGUAAAGAAAAGAGAGAGACAAGAGGGAAAGAGGGAGAGAGGGAGAGAGAGGCCAAAACCCAAAGGUGAGCACCAAGGACUUAAAGAAGACAACACCCAAAGAGAAAGCAAAGGCUCAGUCACCAAAAAUCAAAUGCAAAAAACCCCUCAAAAAAAUACAACACCAGUACUGGGUUUGAAUUCGGAAUCCAUGGCAGGGUGGUCGUGGUUAGCUGAUGAGUCCGCUUUAGUGAACGAAACCCCCAAAGAGGACCCGACGGGCGGCUCCUCUGCCGAUCUUGAACCGCCUCCGAAAGCUCCAAAACGGUUCCUUUUUGACGUGCCUGAUAAGCUACGAUGCUGGUUCGAUCAGUUUCUUGGGGGUUUUCUGAAAGAUAUCUGUGCCCAAGACCUGCUCCGGCCUUUGCCUCCGAUGAUCAGUAAUGGGCAGCGGGUGGAUUUGCUCAAGCUAUUUUGGGUUGUAAGAAGGCGAGGUGGGUUUCGUGUUCUUUCAGUCGGGGUUUGGGAUUCAGUGGCAGAAGAGUGUGGCUUGGGUUUGAGUCUUGGCUGGGCUGUGAAAUUGGUUUAUGUUAAGUAUUUGUAUUUGCUAGAGAAGGUUAUAGAAAAGAAGGACUUGGAAUGGAGUUUGGCUAGUAGUGAUAUUGAUUUGGGUGAGCAUUUGAUGGCUUUGCAGGAGGAGUUAACAGAGUUCUCAGAUAUGUCUGACCAAAAAUUGAAAGACUGGGGUUACCCGCAUGUUGAAUUGUCAUCUAAGAGUUUUAAGGAUAGUAAUGAGGUGGAAAGUGCAGUAGCAGAUUCGGAUAGGCUCAAGAAAAGUGGUGUUAGUGAAGAAUUUCUGGAUUUGGAUACGAUGAGUGUGGCAAAUGUUUUGAAUGCUGGAAAAUUUGGCAAUGGUAAUGUGCCUUUGUCAGGUUGUGGCAUGAAAUAUUUUGUGGAUUUGACGAAUAGCAUGGAGGAUGUUGACAAGUUGCGUGACAUUAAUGAGGUAAAAAGUGAGAUGGGGGAAUCGGGGAGAGGUAAGAAAAAUUAUGACAUUGGUGAAGAUGUCAUGAUUUUGGAUCCAUCUGCUGUUGAGAUGAACUCUUUCUGUAAAAGGAAGCGAGAGUCAUUCGGGGGAAGUGAGGUGGGGGAAUUGCGUAGAGGGAAGAAAAAUCACAGUAGUGAUGAACAUGUCAUGAUUUUGGAUUCCUCGACGGUUGAAGAAGAGAGUCCUUUUUGCGAAACAAAGCAAGAAUCACUGUGUAUGCUGAAUUGGGUUAAAAUGAUUGCAAAGGAUCCUUGUGAUCCUUCAGUUGGUUCAUUACCAGAGAGGUCAAAGUGGAAGUUCUUCGGGAAGGAGGAGAACUGGAUGCAGGUUUUGCAGGCUCGAGAAGCUAUCUUUCUGAAGAGGAAUGCUUAUUCAGGUCCUGAACAGUCUAACUGGCAGAAGAAUCAGAGGAUGCAUCCAAGCAUGUACGAUGAUAAUUUUGGCUCCGCUUACAAUCUUAGAGAGAGAUUAAGGUUGGAGAAGAAGCUUCUUUCAGACGGGAGAACACCACAAUCAGGACCCUGUUCAGAGUCAUCCUCGGCCAGUGACCUGGACAAAAAUAGUCCUGGCAUGGCAGGGAUGGAGGAUGAGUUGCGAGGAACCAGUGAUUAUUCUCCAAGCCACAUUCCUCUCGGGUCAAAUUAUCAAGCUGAGUUGCCAGAAUGGACUGGUGAGGCUUCUGAAAGUGAAUCGAAGUGGUUGGGGUCCAGGAUUUGGCCAUUGGAAAAACCAGAGCACAGAUAUCUCAUUGAGAGGGAUCCUAUUGGAAAGGGAAGACAAGAAUCUUGCGGAUGCCAAGUGCCAGGUUCUAUAGAAUGCGUCAGAUUUCACAUUUCUGAGAAAAGGUUAAGAGUUAAGCGGGAACUGGGGGCAGCUUUCGACCACUGGGAAUUCAAUCAGAUGGGCGAGGAAGUUGGACUCCCUUGGACAGCAGAAGAAGGAAAGAAGUUCGAGGCCUUAGUAAAGUCAAAUCCUCUAUCUAUUGGAUUGCGUUUUUGGGAUGAGAUAUAUAAGACUUUUACUAAGAAGAGCAGGAGAGAAUUGGUUAGCUACUAUUUCAAUGUCUUUCUCUUGCAGCGUAGAGGAUACCAGAACAGGUUUACUCCAAACAAAAUUGAUAGUGAUGAUGAAGAAUUAGAGUUGGAAUCAAUGACAAACUGUUUUGGGAAUGAAGAACACAAGUCAUCAAAAUCAAUCUUAAAAUCCCCACACAAGCCACAUGCAAAACACAGAUAGCUAUUUGAAGUGCACUCUUUUGGGGAGAUUGUGAAGGCUGGUAUGUUUGAGCAAUGUUUGUAAACAGUCCGAUAUGAAUAUUUCCUUAAUAUGCCAGGAAAGAGGCCUCAAGGCCUUUUUGAAACAGAAAUUAUGCGUGGUAAAGAUGGUCCAUUUUCAGAAGUGAUUUUGAAGCGGUUUGACGACGAACAUGGGCUUGGAAGCGCAGCUGUGGCGAUUCGAAGCAGCAAUGAUGCUCCCUGGGUCUGGUUCGUCUACUUCAUCUUCUGAGAUGCAGGUUUUUAUUUUUAUUUUUGGGGGACGUUUCUUUUAGGUUUUUGACAGCAAAAGCUGAUGAAAAAAAAAAAAGCCUUUGGGAAUGAAUACAGGGAACAGCGAAAGCGGUUAGAUGCAGACCUUAAACAGUGGUCUCAGUCAUAGAACUUGUAAUUGGAAUUGCGGUGGUUUAUGAAAUUGGUUAAUUGAAUGGAUUUUGCUCUCAGGCA